AUGGGUGCUUCGGCUCUUCGUGGCUCCAGGAAAAUGACUGUUCUUGGCCCUGAACACUAUCGACAGCAUCGUCGAGAUCUGGAAAGCACAGGCGUUUUCCAGAAACGGCACGCCAAAUCAACGAAGAACAACAUCAAAGGAUGCUUACAGUGGACUGACAUUAGGCAUUGCGAUUUUCUCGGGGAAAACCGACUAAAAUUCCUUGUGGCAGCCCGGAAAGAAGAUGUCAUGAUCUUUUUGAAAUGGAUACUUGACAACUACGCCAUAAAAAAGUUCAGCAGUUUACAUGAAAACUGGAGGCAAUGGUGCCAACUGUAUCGCCAAGCUGUUGGCCGCAGUCUUCACGCCAAAUGCCGUAGUGACAUCAAUGAUUACAUGACUGGGACCCUGGUGCCCUUUUAUAACCUAGACCUGUCUGUCGGAGACAAACCUGUUAUGAAUGUCGAUGACUUAUACCUGGUACUUCAUCAUCACUGGGUACUAGACAGAACGCCAUACCCUGAUGGCAGGCAGAUUAUCCAACUAGCCUUCCUUCUUCUGGUUUCCGCUUACACCGCCAGUCGGCCAGGGGCAUUAGUAUAUGUGGAGAGGAAUGAGCGAACCAAUAUUUCACAUUUCUAUGGUCGUGGUAACAAUGAUAACGAGGGAGACGAGGAAGCAGAUUGGGACACAAUGAGUGAGGAUCUCAAAACCCUUUGCUACGGUCAGAUAAGUUUGAUUUUGUUACCAAACCCCCAUGGCCCUCGUGAUCACUUGGUAAUGGAGGUUGAUCUGAAACACACAAAAGGCCACCACAAUAAGCCCAAGCGUAAAAUAUUUCUAAUGUCCGAGGUGAAGGAGCCAAUAUUUGAUAUUAUAACGCUUGUUAUAGUCAUGGCAAUACUUGAUGAUGCGUUCGAGAGCAAUAUUCGCUCUGUCGAGGAAAUCUUCUCUAGUCGUGUACUUGCUCCUCGACGCUCCAACCAACUGAAGUUUCGUAAGGACAAAUUAAACGUUCCAGUUUGUCGACAGCCAAUUUCGACUGGAUACGGAACUAGGACGCAUGAUAUGAAGCCACUGAAGUAUCACACGUACCUGUAUUAUCUCCAACGUUUGAGUUUGGCUGUUGGCAUGAUUCAGGCUAUGAGGCCAUACGAUCUACGGCGAGGCACGGGCGAAGCAGUCGAUAAUGUUGCAUCACUCCCAUUGCUCCAGCAAGUUAUGGGACAUGCUUAUGCCAGCGUCUACCAGAAGUAUAUGAACCAACGAGUCCAGUGCCAUGUCCAGGCAGCAUUUCUUGGAAUACCUUCUGAGAAUGCAUUGAUGAAUAUCCUCAGUCAUCAGAGUCGUUAUGUGGAUCCUCGUGCACCGGCCCACUUUGACGAUCUUACUUCUACACAAAGAGCUUCAAUCUCUUCUCACCCAGAAAUAAUUCGUCUUCGAGAACUACGAGAUUCUUUAGCUGCGGAAGCGAAAGAGCUUUAUGGGUCGAGCAAGAACGCAGCAGGCACAAAGAUUGGAGAACUUAAGGCUAAGGCCGAUGCUAACCUGCGCUGUGCAAAGGCAAAACUAAAAAAGGAAGCUUUUAACGCUGCUCGUGGAGAGUUCUUUGACACAAUCGACACAAAGGAAAUAAAUAAGCAGCUCGACCCGUCCUUCAUAGAUGUCGAUGACAAUGAAUAUCGCCCCGAAUCUGUCGUUCACAAGCUGGAGGAGCGAAGGCGCAUAGCAGACCUGAUGAAGCUCCCUACCAAGGACCUCUCUGAGAAAGAAGCUCUAGACCACCGGCUUGCACUAUCAAAUGCGCUGAUUGACCUCGGCCGUGUGGUGAAAAUACCAUCUGAGAGAAUAUCCGGAGAAGAUAUAACUACUGGCUCUGCUAGUCCUCCGUCCAUAGUGUCGUCUCAAACAGAUAAAGACUCGUCUUCUCCAGAGCCUCGUGCCUCCCCUAUUGCUCUCACUAACAAGCAUUGUCUCUUCUGUGUAUUCAGUCCGCAUCAUCAGUGCUAUUUUUCAACAUCUCGGAAAGCGCGAGAACAUUUUGAAAAGCAUCUGCGGACUUUCGGGCGUGAAGAACCGAUACCAUGCCCAGAUGAAUUCUGCCAGCUUGUUCUGCAUGGUCAUCAAGAGCUGAAGAGCCAUGCAGACCAAGUUCACAAAGUUCGUUAUUUCACAGAAGCUCAGCGUAUAAGAGCUGGUUUUUAG